AUGAUGGGCUGGUGGUCCAGCUCGGCCAACACGGCCUUGGAUGAGCAAAUAGAGAAGGCAACUAGCAGCAGUUUGGAGGAUAUCGCCCUGAAUCUUGAGAUCUCUGAUGUCAUCAGGUCAAAAACAGUUCAGCCCAAGGAGGCCAUGCGCUCCCUGAAGAGGCGCAUCGGCAACAAGAACCCAAACACCCAGCUAAGCGCUUUGAACCUCACCGAUACAUGUGUUAAGAAUGGAGGCACCCACUUCCUUGCUGAAAUCGCCUCGAGAGAGUUCAUGGACAACCUCACCUCACUCCUCCAAGCCGUCGGACCCGCCGCCGUCAACCACGAAGUAAAGCAGAAGAUCCUCGAGCUGAUACAGUCUUGGGCUGCCGCCACCGAAGGACGUCACGAUUUGGGUUAUAUCGGGGAGGUUUACAAGACGUUGCAGAGAGAAGGCCACCAGUUUCCUCCCAGAGUAAGUGUCGCCAGCAGCAUGAUUGAUAGCAGCGCGCCCCCUGAGUGGGUUGAUUCAGAUGUCUGCAUGCGAUGCCGAACCCCCUUCACCUUUACGAACCGAAAGCACCACUGCCGAAACUGCGGCAACUGUUUCGAUCAGCAAUGUUCGGCCAAGACUUGUCCCCUUCCGCACCUCGGCAUCAUGCAACCUGUUCGUGUCGACGACGGCUGCUACGCGAAGCUCACCGAUAAGUCUUCCAAGGCAGGUGCGCCCUCGCCCCUGCCGCAAGACCGAUCUCCCACCUAUCCUUACAAGACCCGAAGUACGUCUGCUAUGCAGCCGCGCAACGCUCGUGUUGACGACGCCUUCGACGAGGACCUGAAGAAGGCUCUGGCUAUGAGCUUGGAGGAGGUGAAGGGCUACUCUCAGGGAUACGUCGCCCCCACCGCCAAUGGCCCUUCAGGACCAAAGGUUAACGGCAACUCCAAGCCUGCAGCAUCGCAUGGCGCAGACGAGGACGACGACGACCUCAAGGCUGCGAUUGCCGCUUCGCUGGCUGAUAUGGAAGAGCAGAAGCAGAGGCACGCAACUGCCUUGAAGGAACAGACCUCGAGUGCUGGUCCCAAUCCUACACAGCAGUUCUCCUUGCCCAGGAACGACUACGAACUCACUCCGGUCGAGGCCGAGAACAUCAAUCUUUUUGCAACUCUCGUCGAUCGCCUACAGACGCAACCCCCCGGCACCAUCCUGCGUGAGCCCCAGAUUCAGGAGCUUUACGACAGCAUUGGCACACUGCGGCCGAAGCUUGCUCGCACCUAUGGCGAGACCAUGAGCAAACAUGACACGCUUCUUGACCUUCAUGCCAAGCUCUCGACCGUGGUUCGCUACUAUGACAGAAUGCUGGAGGAACGCCUCUCAAAGGCAUACAGCCAACACACCGUUGGGGGCUACAACCUUCCUACUCCUCGUGGGCCCUCUGGUGCAUACCCUUCUCUGCAUGCGAGCGCGCCAAGUAGUACUGGCCCUGCCGAGAACUUCUAUACCGGCUCACAACAAGUGAACUACGGCCGUGUACCACCCCAAGAAUACCAUCAACACCCGCAACACACACCUCAACCCCAGUACGCGACUUAUGACAAGCGCGCCUCCAUGGCUGGUCCACCUACAGGCUCUUACCCUCCCCAGGAGCCCCAACAGACAGAUAGCUGGAGGAGCGGAGCUGGUUCCGCCCCCAAUGGACAGUAUACGCCGCAGCAGCCGUAUGCUCCUAGUGAGCCACCACAACCAGGCCAUCAGAGCCACCCUGUCCAGCCUGCUGGAACUCCGUCUGCUGAUCCUAGUGCUUCUUAUUAUUUCAACCCUCAACAACCCAGCGCGCCCCCCUCUGCCCCGCCCGCUGUAGAUCCCAACCCUUCUCCCUACCCAAAUCUUCAACAGUCGAUGCAGUACCGACAGUCGAUGUCUCAGCAGGCGACACCUGUUCAAGCAGCUGCUCAGCCCGCGCAGCAACAAGGCCCGCCACAGCAGCAGAGCUACUGGCAACCAUCGGUUCCACAGCAAUCUGCACCUCCUCAACAGCAAUGGCAAGGCCAGUACAACGAUAACAAUAACGGAUAUACCCAGGAGUCGUUCCCGUCUGCGCCACAGAACGCACCGAAGCAGCCGGCGGUGGAGGAGAGUUUAAUUGAUCUUUGA